GGCCCCGCCGCCCGCGCCGGGGCGGUCGCCAGCAGAGGAAGGCGCUGCAGUCUCUGGGCCUCGCGGCCCCACUCGAGAGUCCUCAGCACCGAGGGCUCGCGGGUCCCCAGGGGAGGAGACGAGCCCGGGGCUGGGCACUGAGCUCUUGGGCGCCCCCACCCCCGUUUUCGGAGCCCUCCACACUGCGGCCACUGUCCCCUCCGGACCAUGGCCGACGACGACGUGCUCUUCGAGGAUGUGUACGAGCUGUGCGAGGUGAUCGGCAAGGGUCCCUUCAGUGUUGUACGACGAUGUAUCAACAGAGAAACUGGGCAGCAAUUUGCUGUAAAAAUUGUUGAUGUAGCCAAGUUCACAUCAAGUCCAGGGUUAAGUACAGAAGGUAAGAGAUGGAUUUCAAAUCUAAAGCGAGAAGCCAGUAUCUGUCAUAUGCUGAAACAUCCACACAUUGUAGAGUUAUUGGAGACAUAUAGCUCAGAUGGAAUGCUUUACAUGGUUUUUGAAUUUAUGGAUGGAGCGGAUCUCUGUUUUGAAAUCGUAAAGCGAGCUGAUGCUGGUUUUGUAUACAGUGAAGCCGUAGCCAGCCAUUACAUGAGACAGAUACUGGAAGCUCUUCGCUAUUGUCAUGAUAAUAACAUAAUUCACAGGGAUGUGAAGCCCCACUGUGUUCUCCUCGCCUCAAAAGAAAACUCAGCACCUGUUAAACUUGGGGGCUUUGGGGUAGCUAUUCAAUUAGGGGAGUCUGGACUUGUAGCUGGAGGACGCGUUGGAACACCUCAUUUUAUGGCCCCAGAAGUGGUCAAAAGAGAACCUUAUGGAAAGCCUGUAGAUGUCUGGGGGUGCGGCGUGAUCCUUUUUAUCCUGCUCAGCGGUUGUUUGCCUUUUUACGGAACCAAGGAAAGAUUGUUUGAAGGCAUCAUUAAAGGAAAAUAUAAGAUGAAUCCAAGGCAGUGGAGCCAUAUCUCUGAAAGUGCCAAAGACCUAGUACGUCGCAUGCUGAUGCUGGAUCCAGCUGAAAGGAUCACUGUUUAUGAAGCACUGAAUCACCCAUGGCUUAAGGAGCGGGAUCGUUAUGCCUACAAGAUUCAUCUUCCAGAAACAGUAGAGCAACUGAGGAAAUUCAAUGCAAGGAGGAAACUAAAGGGUGCAGUACUAGCGGCUGUGUCAAGUCACAAAUUCAACUCAUUCUAUGGGGAUCCCCCUGAAGAGUUGCCAGAUUUCUCUGAAGACCCUACCUCCUCAGGACUUCUAGCAGCAGAAAGAGCAGUCUCCCAAGUGCUGGACAGCCUGGAAGAGAUUCACGCACUUACAGACUGCAGUGAAAAGGACCUAGAUUUUCUACACAGUGUUUUCCAGGAUCAGCAUCUUCAUACGCUACUAGAUCUGUAUGACAAAAUUAACACAAAAUCUUCACCACAAAUCAGGAAUCCUCCAAGUGAUGCCGUGCAGAGAGCCAAAGAGGUAUUGGAAGAAAUUUCAUGUUACCCUGAGAAUAAUGAUGCAAAGGAACUAAAGCGUAUUUUAACACAACCUCAUUUCAUGGCCUUACUUCAGACUCACGACGUAGUGGCACAUGAAGUUUACAGUGAUGAAGCUUUGAGGGUCACACCUCCUCCCACCUCUCCCUACUUAAACGGUGAUUCUCCAGAAAGUGCUAACGGAGACAUGGAUAUGGAGAAUGUGACCAGAGUUCGGCUGGUACAGUUCCAAAAGAACACGGAUGAACCAAUGGGAAUCACUUUAAAAAUGAAUGAGCUAAAUCACUGUAUCGUUGCAAGAAUUAUGCAUGGGGGCAUGAUUCACAGGCAAGGUACCCUUCAUGUUGGCGAUGAAAUUCGAGAAAUCAAUGGCAUCAGUGUGGCUAACCAAACAGUGGAACAGCUACAAAAAAUGCUUAGGGAAAUGCGGGGGAGUAUUACCUUCAAGAUCGUGCCAAGUUACCGCACUCAGUCUUCGUCCUGUGAGAGAGAUUCCCCCUCCACUUCCAGACAGUCCCCAGCUAAUGGUCAUAGCAGCACUAACAAUUCUGUUUCGGACUUGCCAUCAACUACCCAACCAAAAGGACGACAGAUCUAUGUAAGAGCACAAUUUGAAUAUGAUCCAGCCAAGGAUGACCUCAUCCCCUGCAAAGAAGCUGGCAUUCGAUUCAGAGUUGGUGACAUCAUCCAGAUUAUUAGUAAGGAUGAUCACAAUUGGUGGCAGGGUAAACUGGAAAACUCCAAAAAUGGAACUGCAGGUCUCAUUCCUUCUCCUGAACUUCAGGAAUGGCGAGUAGCUUGCAUUGCCAUGGAGAAGACCAAACAGGAGCAGCAGGCCAGCUGUACUUGGUUUGGCAAGAAAAAGAAGCAGUACAAAGAUAAAUAUUUGGCAAAGCACAAUGCAGUGUUUGAUCAAUUAGAUCUUGUCACGUAUGAAGAAGUAGUAAAACUGCCAGCAUUCAAAAGGAAAACACUAGUCUUAUUAGGUGCACAUGGUGUUGGGAGAAGACACAUAAAGAACACCCUCAUCACAAAGCACCCGGAUCGGUUUGCGUACCCUAUUCCACAUACAACCAGACCUCCAAAGAAAGAUGAAGAAAAUGGAAAGAAUUAUUACUUUGUAUCUCAUGACCAAAUGAUGCAAGACAUCUCUAAUAAUGAGUACUUGGAGUAUGGCAGCCACGAGGAUGCCAUGUAUGGGACAAAACUGGAGACCAUCCGGAAGAUCCACGAGCAGGGGCUGAUUGCCAUACUGGACGUGGAGCCUCAGGCACUGAAGGUCCUGAGAACUGCAGAGUUUGCUCCUUUUGUUGUUUUUAUUGCCGCACCAACUAUUACUCCAGGUUUAAAUGAGGAUGAAUCUCUUCAGCGUCUGCAGAAGGAGUCUGAUAUCUUGCAGAGAACAUAUGCACACUACUUCGAUCUCACAAUUAUCAACAAUGAAAUUGAUGAGACAAUCAGACAUCUGGAGGAAGCCGUCGAGCUCGUGUGCACAGCCCCGCAGUGGGUCCCCGUCUCCUGGGUCUAUUAGGCCCCUCCCCAGAUAUCUGAGCUUAACUGGGAACACCUCAUACAUGGAAAAGCCUCUUUGUUAUCGGCCUUGUGUCAGCAGGUCGUGGUCCCUAGAGACUACCUAGUUGUAGUGUGACCUACAUUUAUAAUUAUUGUCAUGUCCGAAUAGAUAGGAGGAGAAAAACAAUUACACACUAAUUUAAAGAGACAGUAUCUUUUUUAAUCAGUUCUCCUAAACUUUAAUAAAAUGUAUCUUUAAAUGUAUGUAUUAUUCAAUCCUUUGGAAUGUUAUAUUUUUGGAAAUCAUAGCUUUUUAUUUCCAAGGCCCCUAAAAACUGCACAAAAUAGAUGCUGCUUUCUAUAAUCUAUUUUAAUAAUAAUAAACAAUGAUUCUGUUACCUUGACUGGGGGUGGAACACUACAUUCUUUUUAGAGUCUGAUUUUAUGAAUUGGAAUAUCUUUCUUUCCUUUAUUUAUUUGAAAUAAUUAGUGUAGUGAUUACAAAACAGUCAUAAAUUUUUAAAGGCCUUUUUUCUCUCUCUUUUUUUUUUUUAGAAUAGUAUUUUUUUUUAAGUCCUUUAUGUAACAUCCAGAUAAUGUGAUACUGUCUCUUUGAAGCACCCUGUAAACCUUUUAGAGAUUUGAAGUUGGGUCUUGACUCUUAAUGCAUGUGGACAGUCGCGAGCGUUUAUGCUGUCGGUGUGUCUGUGUUGGACAAACAAUCUGUAAUCUACAGCAAAGUACAUUCCAUUCAUGGGGCACACCCAGGGGAAUAAGAAUAAAAUGCUAUUAUGACUAAGUUGUAAACCUAUGCACAUCCCUUGCAUUUUGGGCAACUUUAUAAAAAAAAUACCUGAUUUUUAUUAAUAAUAAUCAUGUAGUGAAAUGUGUUUGUAAUUUUGUCUCAAUUUAAUUUGUUGUAAGGUGGGAGGGGGAAUUGCUGGUUUCACCAUUUCAGAUCUGUGUUGUCUAAGAGUAUUAAUGUUUUAAUUAAGCAAAGAAAUGAGGAUUUUUAAUCUGUAUGUAAUUGUUUUAAAGCACCCAUUUUAAGAGAAAAUACUGUGCAGUGAAGAAACCAGUUUAGGCAUUUGCUAUAAACUGAAUUAUUCCAAAAGAAUAAUCUAUAACAGCCCUGUAAAUUCCUUUAAAAUGAUAACAGGACAGUUUGACCAAUUUUUUAAAAAUAUACUUCCUUUUAUGUGUUCAAUAAUUAAAUGCCUUUGGGUCCUUCAUUUCAUUAUAGAUUUGUUCAGGUUUCCAAGCUGAUAAUCUUUUCGAUUUUGUAAUUUGUUAGAUGCUUAUUGAACAUUGAAGGCCCAGGAGUGAGUAUCAGUUGGCAGGGCGACAAAGUAGCCUGCCCAGAGCACAGCUCAGAGGGCCAUGCGCCCAAGGGCCAUGGGUGUGCUGGAGGCCACCUGUGGUUUCUCCUUCCUCUUGCUGUAUCCCUUGGCACAGGGGAAUCAUCUGUCCUUGUUGCUUUAGAGACAUUAACCAUCUCAUAACCCUUCCAUGAGGUCACAUUCUUCCAAUACAGGAGAUUCAGCCUGGGGGUUCUCAGAUUCUUUGCCAGAGGUCAGUAAAAUGUUUUUCAUUAGAGUGUGAGGGUGUGAAGUGCUUAUAUUAACCUGUGAUCCUUGAAAACAUACCAUCAUUUUUGCUUCUUGCAAGUUAGAUGGCCUCAGUCACUUUGUGCCUUGGCAGGAUGCACAGGGUGUGUUCUGAGCUGAACAGCUCCUCUUAAAGGACCAAACAGAGAAGGCAUUUGUAUAUUCCUUUUACGUUGUCAACAUCCCAUCCCCCACCUACUAUUAUUAAAUGAUGCCGAUUUCUUUUUCUGAUGUUGUUCUUUGUUAGUGACCAGAUGAGUCUGCAAUUUACUAACAAGGUGUUGAGUCGGAAUUACUUCUGUUUGGACCCCACAGUGGGGUGAGCAAAGCACCAGAGACAAACUCCACUGCAGUCUCACCUUAGGUGAAGAGAGAAACCUUCAAAGAGUUGCUUAGGGCUAUAUGAGGACUGAUUUAAAUCUAAUCGAUGCCAAGGCCAGACAGUCCUGUAAUGGUACUGACCACAAUCCAGGCCCUCCUCAGUGUGAAAGCGCCCACUCUACCUCUUUUCCAGUGAAGCACAAAGACAAUUAUAACUAACACAUGGGAAACAGACUUCCCUCCCUCUGAUGGAAACCCCCAUGCCCCCACUUGCCCUUUGAGACAAGAUCUCCGCAGAUGCUAAUGAUGUCCAUAUUAAGCCAUCCACCAUAUUCAUAAAGGUGGAUUAAGCAGAGGAGGAGAAAAAUAAUGCCAACUUAAAUGUCUGUGGCCCCAGAAUUGAGAGGCACUGUAGCACUUGUCCUCUUCUUGAUGGCUUUGUGCGUCCUCCGAGAAGCACACAGGCAGGCAUCAUUCUUGCCAUCAUUCCGAUGGUGAAGUCCCUGCACCCAGAACUCCUUGACUUGGCAGAGAGGUCAUCUGUUCCAUCCCACUGAUAACACACCUUCUUUGAAGCAGUGUCUUUAUGAUCUAGCAGAAAAUACUUAAAUUUCUGAAUUCAGAGUAAUUUCGGUACAUUGCUGCUGCUGCUGCUACAUUACAAUUGUCCACUAAGCAAUCAGAGAAAAUUGCUAAAAGCUUCUUUACUGCUUCCAUUCCAUCAGCAGAACCAUUUUUUUUCCCUUUUAAAAACCAGAGUGAAUGAUUAGGUUACUAAAUCUUAUUAGUGGACAAUUGAAGCGUUGAUUAUGAACAGUGAUAUUCUGAAGGUUCUUUCCCCCACCCCCACCCAACUCCCCACAGCCAGAAAAGGAGUGUUUUAUAUGUUGAAUUUUUUUGUUAAAAAGACGAAAUGUCCUGAUUUUCCAAUCAUAAGAGAGUAAUUACUUUGCACAUGCAGUAUAUUCAAUUUUAAUGCUAUAAAGGGAAAUGUCACUCAAUUUAACUCAUCUGCAAGUUUCCCAGUGUCAAGAUAACAUUGUAGCCUUUUAAAAAUGAAAUUAAAUGUAUCUCUUGUCAGGUGAGAUGGUUUAGAAUAUUUGCUCAGAGAGGGAAAGAAAUGGUUGACCUACUUCUUGCUAUUUGCAUUCAGGAGGCAUCAUCCCAGCCCAUCCUAUUGGUGGCGGAAUACCUAAAGAUGUCGCAGCAAAGUCCCCCAAGGCAGGAGAAACGGCAGGAGGGCAGCCAGAUGGAGCCCAGCCUUCCUCUGUGCUCCAGGCAGGCUUGGACUCCAGCUAUGAUUAGCUUUUUCAAAGCCUUUGAUCUCUUCACUGCAGAGGCGGUCCUUUGUUUUUAAGUCACUUGUAGUUGUCUCUUCUUUAAGGCUUUGAAUUCAUUUCUUAAAAAAGUUGAGUCAAUAGAGCCACCCUCCAAGAAACUGACAGUAGAGAUUCCCAGAGUGGAAACUGCCCCUUAAGGACAAGGUGGCCCAAAGCCAGCUCUCUUUUGUCUCCCACUGAUGUGAUGUCUUUUUUUUUUUUUCCAUUUCAGGUCAGUUUCAGUUUCUUGGAGCAAAGAAAACAUGUUGCUAAAGCUACCAAGAAAACUGCUUGAUUCAUAAAUUCUUAACAGAAAUGCCUCCCACACCUUCUCAGAAAAAGGAGAAGGCACCUUGCAAUCAGCAUUCCAAAAACAGGCUCCUUACGGCCCUCAUCCCUCCUCCUUCUUGCUUCCUAUUAUCAAACUGGUGUGUGUUGCUUGUUUCUUGCUUUUUCAGAACUGAAGACAGCCUCCUAAUUCUGUCCUCUUUACAAGGGCUUUAUAGUACUGAGACUGAUUACAGUUCGUAAGAGGUUAAAGGUCCCUGAGCACGGUUCUCUUGUUCUGCGCCUCUAAUUAAUUCUCUUAGAAAGACGCUUUGCUUCACACUGCAGCUUAUAGAAGGGCUACAGGCUUUAAUCACGAAUCAUUUCAUUUGAUGGAGCCUUUCCUUUUCUCCUUUAGAAAUAAGGUUUCCCUUUGUCUGGAAUCUCCACUUCCAGGACUACACCCAAGGCUCACCGCUUCACUGGCUCUGCCCAUACACACAGGCAUCAGUUUGCCUUAAACUUGGAGAUAUGGAGAGUCUUAGCUUUUCCAGCUUAGUGGGUGCAGUUUAGCUGUCAUGUACAUCCAGAAAGUGGGGAAAAGGGAGAAGAAGAGUAUGUCUACCACCAUUUUCCCAUCUGAUCUUUCCCCUGUGACACUUCGGCUGCAGCAGGUGGGCAGACACAGCCCACAGAAACAGGAGUAGGAGGAGGGCAGCACCAUCUCUGGGCAGGCACUCCCAAGUCUUAGCUCUUUGAGCGGAUAGGAAAUCCUGAGCUCCCACCACCUCUCACCUGCCCCUCCAUCAACUCCCUUGAACCUGUGCAAAUGGACUGAGCAAAAGAAAAUGGAAAGAGAUGUUUGUCACCACACAGGAGAGCUCCUUUCUGGGCCCAAGUACAACUCCAUCUCUACGUAUGCUCAGAAACUCAGAACAUAGCUGCCACUUCUGUGUUAGCGCUGUUCUUUCUGGUACGUGACCCAGGAACGUGCCAGUGCUCUUACUGGACAGAGGCCUGGGGAUGACCAUCUCUGGACCCAGAGGAAGUAUAAUCUCUGUAGUGGGAGUUGUCCUUGGGAAUAGAAAUAAGUAUUCCUCCACAGUGAGCAGCUCCACCGAAUUUUUUUUAUUUGGAAGAGACCAAGAAUUAGGGGGAUUGAUUUCCUGUCUUAGCUGUCUCCCAGAAUGUCAUCUGUGCAGGCUGGUGGGCGGCUGCCAGGUGCAGCAGGCCCGUGACUCAUGCAAAGGCUGCACAACUCUCACGUGCUGAGACCAGAGCAUCGUGUUCCAUUGCAAUGUAGGCGCGUCGCCAUUCAAACUCAGUUCUGGGGUGGUUUUGCAUAAAGUUUUGCCAACGUGUUCUUUUUUCUGUAUGUAUUAUUGCCUUUUUAUAAAAGGUGUUGAAGUAUUGUCUCAGUGAUAAAAAGAGAGAGAUGUUAAUGGUUGUUGUAUAUUUCACCGUAUCCAAUUGUAAGUAUUUGCAGGGUACAGCAAAGCCUUAGCUUGCAAGAGCGUUUGUGCAGGAGGUGUCCUUCAACAGCCAGGAGCUGAAGGGAUUGGAAAGGUUCGGAUUCUUUGUAAAUGUCCUGCUUUUCUUUCUCUCUGUGUGUAUCUAUUUACAUGCCUUAGCACACGCCCUCCCGUCCUGAUCCCUUUGCCCUGUCGCCGGAACAACCAGAAUGCUGGUGCGCUGCCAGCAAAGUACAAAGUGAUGAAACCUAAUCAGUUAUGUCGUGCGACAGGGAAAGAAGAGAAACUCCAUAGUAUUCUUUGUAGAAUAUACAUACCUGUAGGAUGCUGUGUAAUGGGAAACCAUAGAAUUGGGCUUUUGUCAUUUCAAAGUUGGAGAAAUGUAUGAAUAAAAUGUAUAAAACAUGAAAA